AUGGGAAAUCAACAUUCACAACAAUCAAGACAAUCAAAACGACGACGCUUUAAAACAACUUCCAGUAUAAGUUCUAAUGAAUAUUCGCCAAGUCCAACAACUUCGAAUUUUCGUUACGAGGGCGGCCGGAAAUUUCAUCGAGGUAUUGCUACUUUACUCCCAACUGACGAACCUGAAGCGAUACGAAACGAAAAACAACAAAUCGCGGCAAAACUUAUGUGGCAAGGGAAUUUCUCUUCGCCAAUUGGAGAACAUUUAAAAGCUGGAGGGUUACAAAUACUGGAUCUUGGAUGUGGUCCAGGAACAUGGAUAAUCGAUAUGGCCAAAACAUAUCCAUUAUGCUCAUUCACAGGUGUCGAUAUUGCUCCACUUCACCCCUCCACAGAACUACCAGAAAAUGUUGAAUUCAUACAAGCCAAUCUGCUUGACGGUCUGUCAAUUGAAAAUAGCAGAUUCGAUUUUGUGGUCACGCAUUUUUUGAGUUUACCAAUACCACAAUGGAAAUUAAUAAUCAAAGAAGCUGCUCGUGUUAUGAAACCUGGAGCAUGGCUUGAGUGGAUGGGUCAUAAUCCAGCUUUAAGAAAUCAAGGAGAAAACACGAAAAAAUUAAGACAAUCUGUAUUGGCAGCAUCAAAAGCACGAGGUGUAGAUCCGUGGGUAAUAACCGAAUUUCCAAGAAUGUUGGAUAAUUCAGGAAUCUUUGUAAAUAUACGAAAUGGAAAACAAUCAGCUAUAUAUGGUUCUGCUGGUGGAAAAUGUGGUGAACUGUGUGCAGAGGUCUCUAUUAGUGCAUACCAAGCUAUGAAAAAAACAACUUUGGAAUUUACGAGUCUCACGCCUCAAGAAUAUGACCUGCUACUCAAUAAUGUACGCGAAGAGUUUGAGCAAUAUCAAACGAUGAUAGAAAUACAUCGGUUUUGUGCACAAAAAAUUGUGAUUGAUAGCGAAUAA